ACAUGUUUCUGAUUUUCUGUAAUUUAUUGCUUACUUUACAGAAAGUGGUCUAAAUUUGUAACACUUGAAGGAAUAAAGACGAAAUAUUGGUGCAUUGCAAGCAAGGGGAAUACCUAUCAUGACAAAUGAUUAUGUAAAAGUUCAAAAGGGGCCACUUGUGGACUGCUUGACAUGUUCUCUAUGUAAAAAUGUCUAUAAGGAUGCAACUACUAUUUGUUCAUGCCUUCAUACAUUCUGUAAACAAUGCAUACUUCAAAAACUUGGGGAGGACAAGGAAAGUUGCUGUCCUAUGUGCAAAGCCUACCUAGGUUCCUUUCCUGAAGAACUCUUAAGACCUGAUCAUAGCUUGCGGGAAGUAGUAGCACAAAUUUUUCCAUCAGAAAAUUCUACAAGAGAAGAGAGAUCCACAUCUUCUCUGGUUAACGUUACCAACCCAACAAUUGCCAGACCAAGUGCAGCAAAGGCACUGCUUGAAGACUUUGGUAGCUUGCGGGAAACUAAAAGAAGUCAUGAUGACAAAGAUGUUGCUGAGCAGAAUAACUGUCAUUUAAAUGCUAAGGAGAAGCAGGAAACAGAAAUGCUGCAAAUAGCUUCUGUUGUAUCCAAACCUAUGGCUGACAUUUGUUCUCUCAAAAGAACAAAUAAUGAUUCAAGCUGGGAGCAACAAGUGCACUGUGAAGAAGGUGAAACAUACAAGACUAAGUCAAAUAUUAUACCAUGCAAUUUAGAAACUAAAUGUAAUAUCGAAAUGAAGAAGAAAAAGAGAACAAAGAGAAAGCCUUGCAAGUUUAUCUCUGGUCAACGAUGUUAUGAUGUGAAAACAGGAAAUAGCAAAGAGUUCCAUCCUGAUUCCUCUGCUGUUGGAAGGUCUAUUGAUUCAGGGAAACAAUUUGGUGAAGCUAUAUCUUUGAAGGAGCUUUCUGUUUCACAUCCUUUUUGGUUCUGCCUCCUUGCAUGUCAGGAAAGGAAAGGAAUUUCAUUGCCUCAGAUACCAAAACCCUAUAUUAGAACCAAGAUCGGAGGUCUUGCAGUAUCCAUUCUGACCAAGUACUUGGCAAAGAAACUAAACCUCAAACAUGAAACCGAGGUAGAGAUUAUGUGUUUUGGACAUCCACUGCCCCCAACUCUAAUGCUGAACGACCUAAUAGACAUAUGGAUGGAAGCUGUAUCGGACAUGGGACAAGCAUUCAUUAACCACGGUGAAGGGACAGCUACCGGUGAGAACAUUGUGAUGGAGUUAACAUAUAGAAGAAGCAAAAAGCCUCUGCUGUAGAAGUUUGGAUAUUUUGGCACCAAGGCUCUACUUGGUAUAGGCUUUUUCUUUCUCGGUUAAUAUCAUGCAGCAUUUCCAUAAAAAGGAAACGAAAACUAUGCUUUAAAAAGUCCAUAGCCAUCUACAGCGUUGUUUUUUACCUUUUCUUUCCACAAUUUUGUUACCUGCAAACUGUAAUUACCUCCCGGUUAAUGCAAUCAUCUUUCUUCGUGGGUUUUGAUUUUUGUAUUUCGUUUUCAGUUUCUGUAGAGAUCUUGUUUCUUUCCUCUCUUUUUUUUUGUUGGGAUUUUUCUUUUUGUUUUCUACUUUGGGUAUUUGUGAUUCUUCUGGUAGACAGCCUACUGCAACUUGUACGGUUUUUUUCAAACGUACUCGAAUUCUCAAUUGGGGUCUCCAUAUUUUCUGUUUGCUUGAUCGGAAUCUCAAGCAAAACCCAGUAGAUUUGGAGUAUUGGUUUUUUUUUUUUUUUAAUAAAAUAGGUAUUACUAC